UGGUUCCUCUUACAGGCAUCACAGGGCGCCUGGUUAAGCCUCCCCUGCAGGCGGGCCGGCAGCUUCACAGAGUAAAAGAGGGAUGGAGGGAGAGAAAAAAGAGAGAGAGAGACGUACGAACGUCAGGGAGAUGAGGGGAACGGGAAUGGUUAAUAGCCUCCCACUGUGAGAGGAGAAGGGGAGUCGGGGCGGAAGCUGGGCCAAGGCGCUGGAAGAGGAGAAACGUGGUGCCACAGCUGUCAGACUCCUCAAAGGGGACAGGAUCACCGUGAAGGGUGCUGGGUACUCAUUUAGUCUUAUUAGAGUCAAUGGAGUUAAUGGAGGCUAUUGUCUGACUGUAAAUCCAGGGACUGUGAAUGCAGGUGAGGACAAGUCCCUCAUAUAUUCGUCUGUACACCUGUCCGUCAAAGUCUAAAGUGUCCCGGUGCCGCCCACCCUCAGGUCACUUCAACCGCGACAGAGGCAAACAAUAGCAGUCCUUCAACCCAGCCUACCUCAGACUGCCUGCCUUCACAAGGCAAAUAUUUGAGGGCAUUAGAGCUCAUUUCCGAGGGCUAACCUUCAGUGAAAAGAUCAACAGAGAAAGAGAGAUUGCUCAGAGAGAGUGAGAGAGAGAGAGGAAGAAAGGAAAAAAUAGUAACCCUUUCAAAGUGAACUCUUCCUGCUAUUUCUGUUGCACUGUGGGCAGGAGAACGUCUCAUUUGGGAGUGCUCUUGGCUGGCGGCAAAAGGAUUUCCCUGUGCCCUGCCCGUCUAUCCAAAUGCCUGUUUAAAUACUGGAUAGAGAUAACAAUUUGUCUGGGCUCCAGCAGUGCCCAAAGAGAAACUAACUAACUAUAGCAAGCUCCGCAACAGACUUUGCCUCUAUGGUUCCAAAAUUGCUACCUAUCCAGAUCCUCUUAAGAGACUUUUCAGAACUGUGAGCGAAAACGGGAGCUGUUAUGCUUUAGUUCCAAAGCCAAAAACUUACUGAAAUCCUCCCAUCUGACCACAAAUCGAAAGGGCCGACAACAGAUCCUGAGGGGAAAACCUUCCGCCACUAGCUGCAGGUAAGCUCAGACAUUUUAGGGCUGCUGUUUUGAUGUCUUUACCCAGAAGUGUGGACCGCCAUGAAGCCGCUGACACCCAUCGGUUCCCCUUCCCCUCUGAGGCUGCUCAACAAGGGCCCGGACUACCUCCGCAGGCAGAUGGACGGCGGGGAACGGGGCCGCUCCAUCAGCGCCGUUGAGAGGCUGGAGGCUGACAAGGCCAAGUACGUCAAGAGCCAGCAGGUCAUCAACACCAAACAGGAGCCUGUGCUGGUGCCCUGCACCCCACCUCCUCCUCCCCGCCGACUGCUUACAGUGCCCGCGUCCAUCGCCCCGCUCCUCACUCCGCGCAGAUCCUCAGCCCCUCUCUCCACCACAACCGGCCCCCUCGGCGUACGAGACGAGAAUGACAACGAGGACUCCAGAAAGGAGAACCGGAGGACCUCGGUGGACGUGGAGGCGCGGAACAGGUGUAACGCCAACAAAGGGAUACCCCCCAGCCCCAGGACACAGAGAGCCCCCGCCUCCGUACCCCUGGUGGCCCCGCACAGCGCCCCCGUCCUGAGGAGGAGCACCGGCAAGCGAAUGCUUCGCCCAGACUCCUUGGUCAUCUACCGGCAAAAGAAAGAGUGCAAAAGCCCAACUAGCGGUGGCGUUGUCAUGGGAAACGCUAACAUGGACAUAAAGGGGUACAACUUUGUCCGCCGCCUUUUCCAGGGGUCCAUGCGGGAGAAGACUGGAGGGAGUGAGGGAGCCACCCAGAAAAUGGUGAUCAGCGAGGAGAAACCUCCGUCACGGGAUGGUGACUCACGCAUGUCCUGGACCAAUGACAAAGACACCAUGGAUGGGGGACAGGGAAGGACGGGUAGCCGGAGGUCCAGUAAGACGGAGCACGAGCGCUCACCGCUGCCCAGCCCUGGGUUCAGUACUGGCUUCAGCCCUGGGUUCAGUCCGGGCCUCAGCCCUGGGUUCAGUCCUGGCAUUAGCCCUGGUAGUAGUGGCCUAAGCCACGGCACCGCCAAUGACACAAGUGACUGCAGCGCCGAAAGUGAACCCAGCGACAAUGAGACAGACAUUUGGAAGCGGGCGCCCCCGCGGCGACGUCCUGGACUGCAGCGCUCCAAGUCGGACCUGCUUCUGCGCUGCUCGGUAGCACUGUCCGACCAGGAGCGCUUCUUUGACUUUUGCGGGCUGGACUUGGACUUGGUGGAGCGGCUGGGGCCCGAGAAUUUUCUGGGCGGGGCCAGCGAUGUAGACACACUGUCAUUGGUGCUGAGGAGCGUGGGGGGUGGGGGAGGGGGAUCCGAGCCCAGCGAGUUCUCCCGUCACUCGGGUGAAGCGGGGCUCUUCCAGGAAGAGGUGGCCGAGAAGCAGAAUACUGGGGUGUCAAUCAUCGAGAGGAAUGCCCGCGUCAUCAAAUGGCUUUACAGCUGCAAAAACGCAGCACAGGAGGGGCCAAAAGAGUCCACUGUUUAGACAUGAACACUCCCCCUUCCAAUAAGGACAUGUUCCUUUUGACUGAAGAAGAGAGCCUUUGUCAUUGUACUGUAACGUAUAGUCUUCUGACAGAUUGAUCUGCUGUAUUUAUAUAUCUAUGGAAAGUGGGAGGGGCUUGGAAGGGCUGCACCUUCUUUUAGAGCGGGAGGAUUUAGCCCCACAGAUGUUUCAGUGUCAAUGAGUGUGUGAUUUGUGCUGGAUACAGCUGUCCCACUAACUUUGCCUGUCUUAACCAACAGGUCGAUCUUUACUGACUGACAAUAAGGCACAUACAUAUGGAAACAUUGGGCACAGAUAGGGCGGUUAUUUAGCGCUGUGGAUGCAAAACUACACACGCUCCUUUUGAACAAAUGAAUAAUUUAGAAUGGAAAACCACUAAGCUUUUUUCCCCCUGAGCUUGAGAACUGUUGUGUGAUUGCUGAAGACACUGUGAGUAGCUCCUUCCCAACUGUCCCCGGUUAGUUUGGGUGUUGCUUUGACUUUUUUUAAACGCAGGCGUUGGAACAAACAUGCAAGGGACCCCUGUGGGGUUGUUUAAUGCACUGAACUGGAUGCUGUGAGGGAGAAAGAGAGAGGGACAGAGAAAGAGAGAGAGGAAGGAGAGAUGGAAAGAGAAAGAGAAGGGAGGGUUAAAAAGAGGAAGGGGAAAUUUGGGGCGGGGGGGUGAACUGGGAGGGAGAUACCUUUUAAAGAUACUUUCUCUCCUGUUAAACAAGAAUAAUUUUCUUAGAGAACACAACCUGCACAGUGGUACGUAGGAUCAGUUCUAUUGACUCUACAGCACAUCCGAUUCCCACUCCAAAGAAUGCUAACUCUUGCACAGCAACUACUGACCACAUUAGCCGUGACAAUUGUUAUUGAUUUGGACAGCUACAGCUAUACAUCUGGCUGUCAAUAAACUCUGAAUUCUCUUGCUAAUUCUGUAACCUACAUUGUUCCUAUUACAGGAUAGGAAUUAAAUAUGCUAUAUUCCUGUGAAAUCGGUCAAUUCCUUGAGUGUAGAAGCAUUUUGUUUUAAUUUGCUACCCCAGAAAUGUUAAAGGUCAUUUUCAAUUCCAAUUUCAAACUAAGAUUAUUUUCUUGUUUUCAUGUAACUUGUUCAAGUCAAAGUAUCAGUGCACCAAAUAGUCCAGGAUAUGACUUCACAGAACUGAUUUACCAAGUACACAAGACCUUCUGGUCAGUGGGGUUGGUUUCACUGGGGCCAAUCUGGAGACUUCGGCAGAGGACAGUAAGGUGGGGGGUCUCCCUCUCCUCCUCUACCUCAAAUAAUCAUGCAUCCUACCUAGGGUUGAACAAUUCCAGCAACUUUAAAUAAUGGGUUUUCCCAAAGUCUUGGUAAAGGAUUCCCAGUGGUAAUAAUAAAAAAUCAGGAACCCCCCCUACCAGGGAAUUUAUUGGAGGUUACUGGAAUUUCACAGCCCUAAUCCUACCUCACUUCAUCAAUCAGAACGUAAGAGUUUCCGUCUGUGUUUCAGAGAUGAAUCAGUCAGUGAGGCACCCAUUUAUCUCCUGUAAAGUGUCACGUUGAUCAGGGGUCUCCUAGAGAUACCUCUGAAAAAUGGGCUGGAGGUCUGUGGUGGUGCUGGUAUGUAUGAGUUACACUGUGACCCAGAGGGAUGGUUUGAGGCAUCGGGUUGAGUAAUAUUGGACCUGGUGAAGGUCACAUGAUAGGCUACAGUAGUAGUAAAUCAACAACACGUCCCUCCAAUAGGCCGUUCGUAGUACGACAGCCAAACCGUCUGGACCCUCACUUUAAAAACAACGGUUAUGCUUUAUGGUUCAACUGGAAGCGUGUCGGAAUAUCCUCUGACAACGUUCUCUUGCAUGUUUACGAAAAAGAAAUGUUUCAGUCUAAGUUUUACUUUCUAUAUAUCAGAGGUUUAGUUUUUAUUCCAAAGACAAAUGUGUAUGUAUAUGGUGCACAGAAAAUUAAAAGAAUAAAAUCAUAUAUGAAA